AUGGAUACCGCUUUUGUUUCUAGAAACUGCCCAAAAUGGUGCUACUGUAGAGGAGGGAGACACUUUGUCGAGCCCAAGGUCCAGCCACCAACGAGUCCCAGCUCAUGUGUUCCAGCCUGUAGAAUGCUCCAUGGAGUAGGUACAUGGCUAAUCAAUGGUGUUGCCACAGUCUUUUUCACCUCUCUAGAGCGCUGCUCUUGCAUCGCCAUUGACACUAUAGAUGAUUUUGAUGAUUUUGAUGAUUCUAUUCACUUGCCUUUGAUAAUCCAUGAAGGAUAUGGCAACGAGGCAGAAGGCAAGAAAGGAACUGAAUUAUUUGAGAAAAAUGAAGAUGGUUAUAUUGACAAAAAGAUGCAUGAUUCAAUACAAUUGUUCAAAAUAUAG